UCUAAAAACAAUAUUAACAAAUACAAAAAUUUGUCAAACCCACAUUUGAAACAAUUUUUCAAUUGCAUUUGUGAGGUUAUGUCUACUAUCGUGGAAACCGAAAAAGAACUUAAUUCGAAAAUCAAGAUCGUUGCAAAAAUCCUUCAUAUAAAAGCAACUAACCCUUUUGGUAGUGAACGUGUUAGCGGCCAAUUUUUACUCAUAGGUGGUGAAUGUAAAAAACCCGAACCGAAAACUGCAGGUCUAACAGAAGAGCAAGCUCUGAAAAAUUGCUUCAAAUCGAAUAUGUAUGAUAUCACCUUCAGAGGGCCUAAGAAAGAAUUUUUUUCAUGUGCAUACAACAUACAUGUCACUCCCUUCUUGAAGAAAAGACAUGGCCUCAAAAAUGGUGAGUGCGUUCAUGUAAUAAAAAAUAAAAAAACAGGAAAAAUCCACUUCGACUGCUACCGCAAUAUGAAUCUGUAUUAAUGAAAAAAAGUUAUUUGAUUGGAAGUUAUUUUUUAGGUUAGUUGAUCAAGAAUUGACCUUUUGAGAAUGGGAAAAGAGUCGAGCGCCAGAGCAAG